AUGUUUGAGUCUGGAUUUGCCAAUGUCUUCGAUGAUGUUGCUUUCGCCGUUCCCGUUAUGGCCCCGGGCAAGCGCCCUUUUUCGGUGGGGAAACCCACCAAGAUUAUUGACGUUAACCUUCUCCAUGUUUCGUCCUCCCACGCCAAUGAGUUUCUUUUGCGUGAGCUUGCGAAGCAGCACGGUCUCCGACUGACCGGUGUUCUGCGGCCUUGUGGUGGAUGUCUGCAGGCGAAGGGGAAGAAGGCGGGCGUGCCUCACCAAUCGGGCACGCGCGCGGAGCGGCCGCACGAUCUUUGGCAUAUCGAUCUUUGUGGGUCGAUGACGGCCUCGCUGGGGGGGUCGUUUUUUAUUAUCAUGUUCGUGGACAGCUUCUCGCGGUGGAUGAAGCUGCACGGGAUGAGGCGCAAGUCGGACACCCUCGCCUUCGUGAAGAAGUUCCUCGCCGACAUGAGUGGCACCGGUGUCCCUCAUUCUUUCCGGAUGGACAACGGGGAGGAGUUCGUCAGCCGCGACUUCAUCAACUUCUGCGACAACGCCGGCAUCCGCCGUACGUACACGGCGCCGGGCACCCCGCAGCAGAAUGGUCCGGCGGAGAGUGCGAUCUGGCGCGUGAACAAGGCCGGCCACGCCGCUCGUCUCGAGGCACGCCGCCUGUUCCCCAAGAUCGACUUCACCCGCGUCCCCGGCUUCGGGCGCGAUGGCGAGCGACUUUGGCUAGAGUCGUGUCACUGGGCUGCCGGCGGCUUCAACCGUUCUCCGACCAAGGCAAACGUCGGGUACAAGUCGCCGCACGAGCUCUUCACCGGCCGUCCGCCCCCGCUCCAGAUGGUCCCGUUCUUGCAGCCGGGGUACAUGCGUGAGAUGCGCGCGCGGAAGAUGGAUCUCCAGGCAGGGAGAUUGAGGGGUCGGGAGGUGCGUUUCCAGGAUGGGGGGGCCGAGCGGUCGAAGUCACCUGGCGGGAGCGGCGACGCUCCCGCCCACCGCUUCGGGCUUGUAUCCCUGCAGGACAAGGCAACGCUCCUGUCGACUCUCACCACUCGCAGCAUCGUCGAUAGGGGGAGAAAGGAGAUCCCGAGUUCAGCCGGAGGACGUGAAGGAGCGGAGCCGGGGGGGCGAGGGCGGGGGGGCACAAAAACAGAAGGACUGCGUGAAGAAGUCCCGUUUUCGUGCGCCACCUUGCUUGCCUCCCGCGAGGACAUUGAUCGCACGAUGAGGGAUUUAAAUCCCCCGCAACCAGAGAGUGUUAUCAAGGCCAAGUGGGUGUUUAACUGGAAGUCUGAUGAGUAUGGAUGGCCGACUAGUGUGAAAUCACGGCUACUAGCGAGAGGAGAUAUGCAGCGAGUACACGUAGAUUGUGGAGAGACGUAUGCACCGACUGUAGCGGUUUCUAGCGUUCGCUUGUUGGCAGCGAUUGCGUGUGAGCAAAAUCUUUCUCUUCGUCAUUUUGACAUCAAGCAAGCAUUUGUCCAGUCGGAUUUGGAUGAGGAUGAUUUCGUGCGGCUGCCAGAGGGAUGUGGUAGAUUGUCAGGCAUGAAUGUAAAGUUGAACAAGAGUCUGUAUGGCCUUAAGCAGGCAUCAAGGCAAUGUUGGCGAGGGACUUUGAAGAUCUCGCAGCAGACGUACGCUGAAGAGUUGGGGGUGGAGUUUGGGGUAGAGUACGGGAAGGAAAUUCCUCUUCCUGUAGGGUUGAAGUUUCAGAGGUUGACCAGGAUGAAGAAGUGGUAUCAUGGUCUUGGCGAGCUGAUAGGAUCACUGAUGUGGCUGACAACACAAACGAGGCCAGAUAUCGCGAAUGCAGUAAGAGCGGUAGCACGGUACUGUGCUCUUCCCAAAGAAAUUCAUUGGAGAGCAAGUCUUGGUAGUUUGGGGGGGAUUGGUGAUGUGUGGGGGGGAUGUAUUUCUUGGUUUUCAAGGACGCAGAAGUGCGUUACGUUGAGCACGACAGAGGCGGAGUAUGUCUCUCUUGCGGAUGUGAUGAAGGAAGUGUUGUUUCUGAGGCAGGUAUGGCGUUUCAUGUUGCCAGAAGCAGGAAUGCCGGGUAUUCCGGUGUUCGAGGAUAACCAGGGGGCUAUUCAGUUGGCGCAGAACCCGAUUAGCAACAGUAACUCGAAGCACAUCGACGUAAGGCACCACUUUAUCAGGGAACUGGCCGACACGCUCUUUGCUGAGACCACAGUCAGCAACUCGCUUGCCGGGGAGAUCGCCCUCAAUGUGGCCAAGACAAAGCUAUCCGAGCACCUCGGUCUCUACCUCGACAAGGAGCUGUCAGAGUAUUGCUUCGAUGAAGACAGCCGCGCCCGGCGUGACCCGCAAACCUUAUCCUUCACAAACCGCCUCAAAGCGAACAUCGACGCGCUGGUGACGGAGGCCCAAUCGGCGCCGGAAGCAUUCUCCCCCGCCCCGCCGAUGUUCUCCAGGGAGGUGGAGGACGGCCUGCGCGAGGCCAUCGCGAAAGACCUUCGCCACACUUCGGAGUUGGAGGAUCAGCGGCGAUCCCUUUCAGGGAAGCAGAAUGUUUUUGCUGCUGCAUUGGCCGCUGUUACCGGGCCAGGCAAAUAG